CCUUUUAUUCUUUCACAAUGAAAUAUGAAGUUGGCAAAUCACCUUAUUAAAGAUGCUCUAAUGCUAGCGGGGUUUGAAGCUAUAAAAGAAGAUAUAGCAGUGUUUAAUUGUCUUAAACAAUAUCUAAUGUUCAAUUGUAUUCUUGUCUUUUCCAUUUCAGAGGGUCAGAUGUAAACAUGGAAAAUACAAAUGCAUCACCAGCACGUUACUUGUUGAAGAUUGAAUCCUUUUCGUCGCUCUCAGACAAUGGUAUUAUCAAGUAUGAAUCAAAUGAGUUCAAGUCCGGUGGCUACAGCUGGAAAAUGAUCAUUCAUCCUGAUGGAAAUGAAGAUGGACAAGGCCAUAUAUCUGCAUACUUGGCCAUCGUUGCGACAAGCUCCCUUCAAGCUGAUUGGGAGGUGAAUGCCUCAUUUAGCUUCUUGAUAUUUGAUCAGAUUCAUGACAACUAUAAUCUAUUAAGAGGUAUAGUUUUCUUUUCCUCUUGAUGUAACAUGUCUUGUUUUCCAUGUUACAAGUCCCAAUUUCGGCGGAUGGUUACUUGUACAUCUUUCAUGACCCGAUUCUCUGGAAGUUCUUUUUCAUUUUCAGUCUAUAGAAGCAAGCUAAUUUCAUAUAUAAAUAGAAACUUGCGAUUUAAGUAGGCAGUAAAUUUAUACUACGUCAGAUACACUUGCUAGGACUAUAUUUAUUUUUGAUGCAGGGAUGGAGCGGCGUUUCCGCAAUAUCCAGACUGAAUGGGGUUUCUCGAAAUGUAUAUCUCAUGCCACAUUCAAAGAUCCCUCUAAUGGUUACCUUGUUAGUGACAAAUGUAUCUUUGGAGUAGAUGUAUAUGUCAUCAAGAACCAGGGAAUAGGUGAAUGUUUGUCCUCAUUGAAUGACUUUGAGCUUUAUAAGCACGAAUGGAAGAUUUCUGAAUUCACAAAAUUGAAGAAUGAAGUGUGUUCUGAAGAGUUUACUGUUGGGGAUUGUAAAUGGAAACUUUUGUUAUAUCCUAAAGGUAAUAUUGGACAAAAUGGCCAGAACAUCUCCGUCUUUCUUGAAUCAGUUGAUGCUGAAAGAUUUGAUUGCCAAAAAAAGGUCAAGGCAAAAUUUAGCAUUUCCAUCAAAGACAGGAUUAGUGGUAAACAUCACAAGAAGAGUGGACAUUGUUGUCUUACAGGUGGUGAAAAUUGGUUUUCAGCUGCUGGAGACAAUUGGGGUUGGCCAUCAUUUAUGCCAUUAUGUGAACUCAAUGAUCCUGAAAAGGGCUUCCUUGUUGAAGACUGCUGCAUUGUGCAAGCUGAUGUUUCUGUAGUUGGUAUCGUCAAUCGUUUAACUUGAUCUCUGGAUUGUGAUUCAACAAGACUUAUCGGGCCGGAAUUCUUUAACAAUGUUCCUUAAUUUUGCUUGAAACUUCUCUCUGUUUUCUUUGGCUGCACGGAAUUCAUAUCUUGCCAUUUAAACUUGAUCAUUUUACUGGUGCCAUUAAUUGAU